AGCUGACCGGUGGCAUCCGCCGGAAACACGUCACGGUUGCUACAAAUAUUUAGGUCCCUCUUCUCGUACCUCUAGCUCCAGGUAGCUUCGUGAGCUAUUGCGCGUUUUCAUUUUUUUAUGCUAACCAGCUUUUUUAUCAUAUACAGUUUAAUCUCACGUCUUUCUCCGGCUGGUGAGGAGGGUCGUCGCAGCUAUGGCGAGCCGCCCUCCUCUUCACUCACAGCUCUCCUCCAUCAUGGAGUCUGCCCUGAGUCAGAUCAGCGAGCUGGUGGACGAGGACUCUGCGGAGCUGCGGCUCGAGGUGUCCCGGCUCAUUUUCGCCAAUUCUACGCUGGCAGAGAAAGUCAAUCGGCUGGAAUGCGAGCUGACCACCGCGAGAAGCGACGCCAUGAACUCGUGUAAAAGUUCCCGCACCGUGGGUGUUCAGACUGUCCGCCACAGAGAUGGAGAUCCUCAGGUGUCUGGGUCUCCCACCAUAGAAGGGAUCUUUGGGAAAGACUGGUGCAUGAAUCUGUGGAAAGACAGAGACCUGUAUGAUCUGGACAGAGACACAGACUCACCGCAGACUUGUGUCAAGUCUGUGGCAACGAUAUCUGGCCAUAUUACUGUGACUGAAGUCAAAAGUGAGGAUUCUGUGGAGGGCGCUGUCAGCAGCUGCCAGCAGGAAACGCUCAGUACAGAGGAACAUGAAGAAAGCACAGCUGUGGAACCAGAGCAGCUGUCAUUGGGUUGCUCGGCUGAUGACAGCACUUGCACGCUGUCAUUUUAUAAGGAAGGAGAACAGAUCGAGUCUGCAGCUGCUAUUGAAGAUCCAUCCAUGCAGCUGAUUUCCAUCAACGACACACAGGAGGCCUACAGCACUUUUAUCAUUCCAAUCGAAGAUGAUGAUGAUGAUGACGACGACGAUGACGAUGUCCAGUUUGUUCAAGAAAGUCAGCAAGAGCCUACUGUGAACGCUGCUGCAGGUGGGCACAGCAACAACAAGCUGCAGAUAUUACCAACUGACAACAAUGAAAACAGCACUCCUCUGGAAAAAGAUUCACAAGAAAACUUUGCUGUGCUCAAUGUAGCAACUGUCAGAGCUCCACAUAAACAAAAAUUCACAUGCCAAAUAUGUAGCAGGACAUUUUACCACAAGGGCACUCUGACGUGCCACAUGAAAUCCCACAAAUCCAACUUCUGUAGCAUUUGUAAACAGCAUUUCCCUCACAAGAGCAAGUUCAAGUCGCACACCUGCGUGCCUCCACUUCCUUCUAAGACGGUCAGUAAGUCUUGCCCGUUGUGCGGGAAGAGUUUUGCAAACCCAUCGGCUCUGAGGAUUCACUAUGUGGUCCACACAGGAGAGAAACCCUACAGUUGCAGCUUAUGUGGGAAGAGGUUCACCCAGAAAGGCAAUCUGAAAUGUCACCUACGCAUCCACACUGGAGAGAAACCGUUCGACUGUGGUAAAUGUGGGAAGACAUUCACGCAAAAGGUGAACCUCAACCAUCACAUGAUGGCACACAGAAAUCGUGAGGUCGUCGGAGACAAGCCUGUAGCUUGAGGACAUCUUGAGAACUUGGUGGAGAUCUGUCAGUAACUGACUGUAGUUUUAUUAAUUUAAAAGAAGAAUACACUACUGUUCACAUUGAUGUAAGGUUAGUUAAUGUCAUGUUUAGUAGUGCUUAUAAAAACAGUAUUGUGGAGCAAAUGUUCUGUUUCAUACUCAAUGUGUUUUUAUUUACUCUUUUUCACAGUUCAGUAUAUCAAUUGUUGUUUCUGUCUUUACAAUAAAGAACAGUCACAAAUGUUCACUUUGAGACUAAAA